AUGGCAUUCAACAAGAAGUACGCCGGUCUGCCUGACCUGGACCCGGCCCCGGACAUUUACGAAACCCCUGACCUGACCGACGAAGCCUCCACUGUCCCCGCUACCACUCUCCGCACCGACUCCGAUCACGAUGACGCCGGCUUCAAUUCUGACAUUGACCGCGAGGGCGUCAACGCGGACCGGGCGCGUCUGCUUUUCAUGGGUGCGGCAGUCGACGCGCGAGACGCCAAUUUCUCCGACAGCAUUUCCUCGAAGCGCCAAGCAUAUCGCAGCAAAGAAAAGAGCAACCGAAGGCGGCGGAUACGUGAGGAUGGGACCGAGGAGGUUGGCGAUCUGAGUGAUAGCGAGGACGAGUCGCUCGAGCGGCGGCUGGCACGCCUGCGACGCGAAGUGGAGGACUUGAAAGUGGAAAUGGAGAAUCGGUCUAGCUCUGGACCAAACCAGACGUUAGAGACUGGAGCAGGUCAGGCUGCACCUGCAGCUGACAAGGCCGGAGAGAACACGCUAGGCGAUGGCGUUGCAGAGUUGAGCCGGGCAUUGGAUAAUUUGCAUGCUUCGUCACGCGGCGACCAAGCUGCUUCAUACUCAGCGGCGACGGCGCUCACGCAGAAGCUUACUACUGGAUCCCAGAGUGCCACUGCUCCUAGUGUGGACUCCCAGAAGAAACAACCUACCGCCGCCGCAACGGCUGUUACACCCGUACCAUCUCAGACCGCUUCUCCAGCUGCGGGACUCCUUUCUCAUGCAGCUGCGUUUGAAGGACGCCUGGCUCUCCUGGAAGCAUCGAUGGGAAUUUCAAGCUCUUCAAACCCAUUCAUCAGCGAUGGCCUCAGCGAACCCGCUUUGCAGCCCGUACUUCCUUCGCUGGAACAAAUGACCUCUCGCCUUUCAGCGCUCACCAGUCUACUCGUGGGCGGCAACCCUGCCUCUGGUGGUCCCAGCGCGGUCCCUGGUCUCACCACUCCACACUUGGAAGCUUUGUCCACCCGUGUUCGCAAGUUGACCACUGAUGCCGAGGCGCUCGCCUCUGCUCGCAGGCGUGCAACUGACGCCGCCAAGGCUGCCCAGGCUGCACGAAUCGCUACGAGCUCGGAUGCGGACGCUACGGGCGAAGGCUCUGGCGCCAUGGAUGAUGAACAGAUUGCGAAGAUCCAAGCACUCUAUGCCACCCUUCCCACAAUUCAGUCCCUGCACCCCCUGCUACCAAGCGUGCUAGAGCGCCUCCGCUCGCUGCGUGCCUGCCAUGCGGGUGCUGCCCACGCCGCUGAAUCCCUCAACGAGCUUGAAAAGCGACAUGCUGAAAUGGCAACUGAGAUUGAGCAAUGGCGCGAGGGCCUCACGGCCGUCGAGGAGAAGAUGAAACAAGGCGAGGCUGCCCUACGGUCUAACGUUGAGACCGUUGAGCCCUGGGUACGAGAUCUGGAGUCUCGCAUGGCUCGUCUGGAGGGUCCUCCUGGUGGUCUGUGA